GCACGCACAUCCUGGGAAAACGCUGGGGGCUCCCUCCUUCGUUCGGGGCCACGGUGCCCGCCUGCCGGGGCCCUUCCCGAGCAGACCGGGGGCGAUGUCCGGCCAGGGCAGGAUGGCGGCGCAGACACAACGCGCGCGCUCACGUGACGCGGCGGCCGUUGAGUGCGCAGCCCCUCGCGCCCGCGGCGGCACGAGCGGCGCCUCCGCGGCGCCUCCGCACCGACUCCCACCCCGCCGCCGCCGUCGCGUCCGUGAGUGCGCCCCGGCCCCGCCCCCCGCCGGGCGUGACGCAGCGCGGCGGAUCUACGGCGCGCCACUGGUGACACGGCUCGGCACAAGCGGAGGCGCCCAGCUCCCCUUGCACGGUACAAAGCCAAAUGAUCUACAAUUGAUAAUAUCAAUGUUAAGGAUGGAUGAGGAGGAAAAUAAGAAGAGAGAUGAUGUUGAUGAGAAUUUACAAGUUGAGUUGACAGAAGAAUCCUCCAGAAAUACAUCAGGAGAAAAUGCUGGAUGUGACUCUUCAUCUCAGCAGAAAACAAGGCUUCUAUCAGAUGAAGUGUUCGGGGACCUUGAAAAGAAAGGAAAAGAGAAUGGCACAAACAAAAGAGCGCUGUCAGGAUCACCAAACCUGGAUGUUGUUGAAGCAGACAAGCCUGAAAAUGUCUCCAGAAAAAGAAAGCAGAGUUCUUCAGAAGACAUGAAAGAUAGUGGAAGGAAAUUACAAAAAGUUUUAGCUGGAGAAGCAGAUAGUAUGAUAGCUGGAGCUGUAAAGAAGGAAGGAGUCACCAGUUGUCCGGGUAGUGACAUAUUUAAUUCAGAUAUCCUGUGCCUACAUUAUGAUUUCAGAUGUGCUGAUGAUGAUUCCAUUCACAAGGAAAAUAAACGUUUGCAAGAGGUAUCAGCUACUGUUCCUGAUAAGUUUCCUUCUUCAGAAGAAAUCAGUGGUGUCUGUACAGUUGGAAACAUAGAGAAAGAUCUUAAAGGCAAAAUAAGUGAUGAGGCUUUACCUUCCUCCUCUGAUAUGGCAAAACAUAAACAUUUAGAAAGCCUCUCUAAAGCAUCAAAAGAGCAAAUAUGCCCUCAUGGCAGUUGCAUAGAUGAAUGUGGUUCAGUGGAUAUGCAUGUUAAGCGACAUGAGAAAUCCAAGAUCUUUUGUUGUGAACUUUGUGGUUUUCAGAGUGCUGAAGAGAGUCUCCUGAAUUCUCAUUUCCUUGGCAAGACUCAUCUUCGACGCCAAAAUCUUGCUGCACGGGGAGGUUUUGUACAGAUAUUGACAAAAAAAUCCUUUAAAACCCAACACUCUACUGCAACCAAAGACAGGAAAGUCAGAGCAAAACUUGGGACCAAUAAAUUACAGACAAGAACUGCUGAUGCAAAAGAAUUAAGUGUUUGCACUACACUGAAAGACUCAAAAGUAAGCUUGCCUAAACAAAAUGAUGGCAGUGAACUUGUUGAAAUGAUACCAUCUUCAAAUACUCCCACUGAAAAAACAGAUACUAUGACAGAAGAAACAUUGCUUUCUUCUGGUAUACGAGGAAAUGAUGAAGUUCAUACUGAACAACUAGAAAUACCGGGACCAUCAGAAAAUAUCUUGCAGAAAACAGAAUUCCCUCUAACUACCAAAAAGCUACUUAACAGUUUACACAGGACAAGGAGAUUUAAUAGACUGAAACAUAAAAGAAACGUUUUCCUGUUAAGGUCUCCAUUUGGACAGAGUAGGUCUUUCAGAUUAAAAAGGCAGGUUAAAAGAAGGUACAGCUUGUUGGGUAAUAGUAAGAGAGACAAGUCUGAAACUCGGAGAGUACACAUACAGCAUAUUUCCAGCACACAGCUUAAACCUGGUGAUUCAAGCCCUAUGUCACAUACAGAAUUAGAAACUGAUGCUAAAAGUAAUUGCAAUGCUACUGCAGAAAUUCAAGAUCUUACUGAAGAUAAGCCAAAUACCCUUUCUUCUACCACUGCAGGUGCUAAAGAUUCUGAUGUUAAACUUACUGCUGAUCAUGGUACUCUUCAUACUUGUAUGGACUGUGGUCAUGUUUUUCAGAACAGAGGAAGUUUGGAAACUCAUGUUGCGAAGCUUCAUACAAAAAGGGUCCAGUUUCAUUGUCAGAUGUGUAGCUAUUCAUCUGGAAUCAGGGAAGACAUGAAGCAGCACUGUCAGGACAGUAAACACCAGAUGGGUGAUUGUAGCUUUAAUUGUGAACUCUGUUCAUUUAGCACCUUGAAUGUGAUGAACCUUCAAAGCCAUAUGAGUGAAGUGCAUAAUAUGUCCCAUAGUUGUCCAACUUGCAUUCUUUUUUUUCAAUUGGAAGAAGAGCUGAUAAAUCAUCAAAAAAAUGAGAAACACAAUGGUUCAUUAUUUCAGCAAGCUACUCCGUUGAGUAACAGUGAUCAGACCUUGCAAGCGGUAACUUACACUGACUCAGUAUCAAACAAUAGCCAAAGACUUGCGAGUGAAAUGGAAGUAUCAAUGCAAGCAAAAACUCCAGACUCUUCCUUCAUAAGUCAUAGAAAUGAGCUAAAGCAUUCUGUUCUGAAUAAAACCCAAUUUCAAUGUAAAAAGUGUUUUUAUAAGACAAGAUCUUCCACAGUUCUUACAAGGCACAUAAAACUACGUCAUGCACAAGAAUAUCACUUCCUUUGCAAAGCAUGUAAUCUUUACUCACUGAGUAAGGAAGGAAUGGAGAAGCAUAUCAAAAGAAGCAAGCAUCUUGAAAAUGCCAGGAAAAACAACAUUGGACUACGUUUUGAAGAAUGUAUUGUAAAGGUUUGUGUUGGUGUUGGCGGUAUUAAACCAGUGGUGGAUACUUCUGUUUCUGGGAGCGGAAAUACUCAGUUAGAUAAAGAAAUUAUACAUGUUUCAUCCUCUUCUGUAGAAACCAUAUCAAGAAAUAAGGAAGUUGUUCCACUUGAUCAAAGCAUUGGUGAAAAUGAAUUGGUUUUAGCUAAUGCACCCAAAAGAGGAAAACUGAAAGGCACUAUUUCUAGGACCUGUACCCAUUGUGGUCUCUUGGCCUCCAGUGUUACUAAUUUGACUGUUCACAUCAGGCGAAAGCACAGUCAUCAGUACAGCUAUUUGUGUAAGGUUUGCAAUUACUACACUGUAACCAAAGGAGAUAUGGAACGCCACUGUGCAACCAAAAAACACAAAAGUCGUGUUGAAAUAGAAGGAUGUGGAAAACAGAACUCGGAGAUCAUUGUUAGCCCUGAAGGAGGUAAUUUUGAAUCCAUGAUCAAGAAGGUUAACAGCCCCAUGACUGCCUUGUAUGAACAUGUUGAGGAUGGUGGCCAGUCACCAGAUUUGGAAAAUUCUGUCUUAGACAAUCAGGAAGUUGAGCGAGGAGAUACUGAGCUAAAAGUUAGGCUGCCAGAUUUGCAGCCUGCUAUCAAUCCAUUAAAUAUAAACCAACGUGUACCUCUGGAACCAGCGAGGGUUGCUCAAGAUGGUGACCCAAGAUUCCAGCGAAGAGCAAUGGGUGCAAAUGACAACAAGUGUGUACACUGCAACUUCAUUGCUCAUUCUGCUGCUUCUUUAGAGCUGCAUGUGAAGCGAAAACAUACAAAACAAUUUGAAUACUACUGCAUGGCUUGUGACUACUAUGCUGUUACUCGCAGAGAGAUGAUUAGGCAUGCAGCAACAGAGAAACAUAAAAUUAGAAGAGAAUCUUAUGUUUAUUCUUCUUCUGGGGAGGAAGCAAAUACAGCAAAUAUUGCUAAAGAAGGCACUGCUUUGCCUCAAGAGGAACACCAUCACAGCACAGGAGAAUCGAAAACUGUUUCAGGUGAAACAGAAUGUGCCAAUGAUGCAGCACGAGGUGAUCAUAUGAAUAAAAGCUUGACUGAGUGUACUGUCUUAGAUGAAAAUACAUCUCCAGGAACCCCUAAAGAUGUCAGUUCCCAAAAUGCAGUAGGAGAUGAACUUGAUGAGGAGUCUAAAAAUGGAGGAGAAAACCUUUUUUGUGAAGGAUUCCAGCAAACACCUCAGAAAGAUAAAGUUGCUGCACCUUCCAAGGAAGUAUCAGUUCAAGAAACAGGUACUUGUGAGGUGCAGAAAAGGAAGCAUGGCCAGGAGCUGCUUAACUCAGAUGAUGAUUGCACUGCAGAAAAUCAAAAUAGAUCAAGCAACACAAACUUGAAUUCAGGAAAAGGCGAGGAAAGCUUGGAAGAAAAUAGUGAAAACCCUGAAGUAGAGUGUAGAAACAAAGACAGUCUCAAAAUAAAAUCACUGAAGAAAAAUAACCCACUUAUGCUAAGUCUUCCAGAAACAAGUAGUGCAGUAGAGCAAUCAAAUUUUUCUGGAAACAUUGGAGAAAUGGUACAAAAUAUACAUAGUUUAGAUGGUGACAGAAGUUUCAGAGAGGAUCCUACUGGGGAGGAGGAAGAAGCCCUUAUGGAAGCACAACAUGAAGCUGAAGUAACUAUAAAUAACAAUGUUUGGGAGGCAGAUGGCUCAACAGCUGAAGGCAUGCAAGAAAGUAGUAAUGAGCCUUUAGGAACAAUUAUCAGUGGUGAUGAUAAAGGAAAGGCAACACAAAAUUUUGGCAAGUUUGAUUCUUCUAUAGUCAGGUUAAAAAGUCAUCAGGAUGGGGAGACCACUGACCAGUCUGCAGAAGGACAGGUGCUGGGUGCAGUGAAAGCUAAUGAGCUCACCAUGAAAGCAGACACUUCACCGAGUGGUGGGAAAAAGAAGAAGUCAGAAGGAAUUUCCCUUGGGGAAUCGACACGUAUUCGCUGUGAUGACUGUGGUUUUCUAGCAGAUGGUUUGAGCGGACUGAAUGUUCACAUAGCCAUGAAACAUCCUUCAAAGGAAAAACAUUUUCAUUGCUUACUCUGCGGAAAAUCAUUUUACACAGAGAGCAACCUUCACCAGCACUUGGCCAGUGCUGGGCACUUGCGAAAUGAGCAGGCGAGUGUGGAGGAGCUGCCUGAAGGAGGCGCAACCUUUAAGUGUUUGAAGUGCACGGAGCCCUUCGAUUCGGAGCAGAGCUUGUUUCUCCACAUCAAAGAGCAACAUGAAGAGCUGCUGCGCGAAGUGAAUAAAUACAUUGUGGAAGACACUGAGCAAAUAAACAGGGAGAGGGAAGAGAACCAAGGCAAUGUCUGCAAGUAUUGUGGGAAGAUGUGUAGAAGUAGCAAUUCCAUGGCCUUCCUAGCUCACAUCCGUACCCAUACAGGAUCAAAGCCAUUCAAGUGCAAGAUAUGCCACUUUGCAACAGCUCAGCUCGGAGAUGCCAGAAACCAUGUCAAGAGGCACCUUGGGAUGAGGGAAUACAAGUGUCAUGUCUGUGGGGUGGCAUUUGUGAUGAAGAAGCAUUUAAAUACUCAUUUACUGGGCAAGCAUGGAGUUGGCACACCCAAAGAAAGGAAAUUUACAUGUCACCUGUGUGACAGGAGCUUCACGGAGAAGUGGGCACUGAAGAACCACAUGAAGCUGCACACAGGAGAGAAGCCGUUCAAGUGCACCUGGCCCACCUGCCAUUAUUCUUUCCUCACAGCCUCUGCCAUGAAGGACCACUUCAGGACUCACACAGGCGAGAAGUCGUUCCUCUGUGACCUUUGUGGCUUUGCCGGCGGGACACGUCAUGCCCUCACCAAGCAUCGGCGGCAGCACACAGGAGAGAAACCAUUUAAAUGUGAUGAGUGUAACUUCGCUUCCACAACGCAAUCGCAUCUGACACGACAUAAGCGUGUCCAUACUGGAGAAAAGCCUUACAGAUGUCCCUGGUGUGACUACAGGUCUAACUGUGCAGAAAAUAUCCGUAAACACAUCUUGCAUACAGGAAAGCAUGAAGGAGUAAAAAUGUAUAACUGUCCUAAAUGUGACUAUGGAACCAAUAUCCCUGUGGAGUUUCGUAACCACUUGAAAGAACUACACCCAGACAUUGAAAAUCCUGAUCUGGCAUACUUGCAUGCUGGCAUUGUGUCCAAGUCCUAUGAGUGCCGACUUAAGGGGCAAGGAGCAACUUUUGUGGAAACUGCAAGUCCUUUUACCGCAGCAGCACUGGGAGAGGUUUCUCCAGUUAAGGAGAAGGUCUUUCGGGGCAGUAGAAGACAGCCACAGUCACCUGAGGAAGUUCAGCAAUUUAUUAUUAUUCAAGGAUAUGACAGUGACUUUGCCAUUGAUGCCUCUGUGGAAGAAACAGCAGUGGCUACCCUUCAGACAUUAGCAAUGGCUGGUCAGAUGGCCAGGGUGGUCCAUAUCACAGAGGAUGGACAAGUCAUAGCUACAAACCAAAACGGCUCCCACGUGAGUAGUGUGGUUCCAGGGCAGAUACUUACCGAGCAGUUAGCAGAUGGUGCAACACAGGUGGUAGUGGUGGAAGGAACAGGAGCUGAUAUGGAGGAGGCCGUUCAAAUAGAUGCGGUUCCUGACUCCAGUAGCACUGUACUGCAGCAGAUAAUGCAACAAGAAGUUUUAGAUGCUUCUGAAGCUACAGUCAAUCCUCCAGAAUCCUCCUCAGCAUUAGAUGCCCUGCUUUGUGCUGUAACAGAGCUGGGUGAAACAGAAAACAAAUCUGGACUCCUUGACAGAAGCAGGUCUAGUCACAAAGAUUUCUUGCAAAUGCCAAACCCUGAGAUGCCCAGCGUUCCCAGUGAUGCAGCGGGACAAGAAAUACAAAUGUUCCACAAAGUUCAGGAGACUCAGGAAGAUACCAAACCUAUGGAAGUAGUGACACGGGUCAUGCACCCAUCGGCUAUAAUUGCAUCUCAGGAGAGAGCUCAGGCUGCCUUCAAGAAUAUGGUCCAAGGAGUAUUACAGUUUGCUGUGUGUGAUACAGCUGCAGCCGACCAGCUGAUGAAAGAAGGUGUCACUCAGGUCAUCGUAAAUGAGGAAGGGACUGUGCAUAUGGUAGCUGGAGAAGGCUCUCAGAUAAUUAUGCAGGAAGCUGGUAGCCACACACUCAGUGUCCAAAGUGAACACAUGGAUUUAGUUGAGUCGGAUGGGCAAAUAUCACAGAUUAUUGUCAGUGAAGAAUUAGCUCAAGCCAUGUCUCAGGGCUCUGAUGGUGACUUCUCUGAAGGUGCAACCCACUACAUCGUCACAGAAUUGCCACCAGACAUGCAGGAUGAGCCUGGUGUGUACUCACAUGCUGUGAUAGAGACAGCUGAGUCUCAAGACAUUUUGCAGGCUGGUACUGCUCUAAAAGCAGAAGCUGUAACCCCUGAUGGAGCAAGAGAACAGUUGGCAAGCAUGGUCAUUUAUACAGAGGGUGGCUCACAGGUAAUUCAAGGCCAGAGAGAUUAUAACAAAGUACAGGAAGCAUGAAGAGCUUCACCUCAUAGGCUGGAUUCAGGGCAAAGCUGGAUAUUACCAGAAUCAUGGAGGCACUGUAUUCCUGGAAUGUUUUCUGUAAAGCCUUCUCAGUAGAAUGUCCUCCUAGCCAGGUAACAAAUACGCACUCUUCAGGAAGUGAAGAUCAGCUAAUAGGAGGAGUUCACUGAAAAGGAUAGUACAAUUUUGUUACAAUAGCUCUAAGAAUUAUUAUAUGGGAUUAUUAUAAAACAAGCAUAUUAGAAUAAAAGGAUAACAGGAUAAUAGGCCCCCGUCCCAAAGUAGGAAUUGUUCUGUUCACUGUUUUCUUUGUUGAUUUUUUUUUUAAUGUUGUUUUAUCUCAGGGUAAUUCCCUGCCUUCUGUCAUUUUUGUGUAACAUAAUCACAGGAGUAAAAUAAUUGCACUUAUAUGUACAUUUUGUGAACAGAUAAAUAUGCAAAAAAUACAAACCCCAAAAUAACAAGGUGAACAGGUAAGCUUACAUAAAGUAAUCAGUGCCCUUCUUCAUUUUAAAGAAAAGCAGGUGACAUUUUGUUUUCUAAAAUCUUACUUUAAUACACCCUUGGCUAAAAAUAUGUUGUCAAAAUAAGGACUUUUUGCAUCUAAAAUGAAACUUUUCAUAGUAGUUUACUCUUUCAUGGUAUCACAUAAGACUUUCCCUAAAGAAGAGCUCAAAAAAGCUGCACAUCAGAAAAUCCUUGGUUAUACAUAUUUGGGAAGAAGAACUCGAUGCCUGUAACUUCCACUUAAUUUUAGAUGAGAGUCCUACAUAAGAAAUGUGCAUUUUUUGAAAAAAAUAUUGUCACUGUCAGUGUUUUGCUUUUCUUAUAAAUAGUGCUUCAUAUAAAUAUCAUUUUGCAGUUCAUUUGGUGAGCUACUUCUGAAAUGUUAUGGGGAUUUUUAGAGAAAAUUCUGACAUUGACAUUAACAAGUAGGGGGGGGAAAGGUGACCUUGUAUUUCUUGCUUUGUCCAGAAUGUCAGUUAUUUACUUGUGGAUAUACUGCAAUUGUUCAGUUCAAGUUCGUGUUGAAAAGAUUUGUUUCAUGAUAAAACUGGUUUUGUUUCUUUAGAAAAAUUGUAAAAUAUAAACUGGCAAGGUUUGGGGAUUAUUUGUUUUGUCUUUCAAAUAAAAUGUUAGCAUUAAAAUGAAGCAUCAUGAUUUUUAAUAUGAAACAAUAAACAGAACUGGCAUUCAGCAGGAGCAAACAAA